AUGAAAUUCACGGUGUGGCAGGUGACUUCAUGCCUGUGGGCGGUGAAGCUGUUGUACUCAGUCACCGAAGGUGUUCGCACAGAUUGGCAAGCUGAAAAGACAAGCGCCAACCACAUCAGUUGCCUAACGAACGCAACUGUGACGCUGGACGCAGAUUCAGACUGGUUUUCGACAAGCCAUUCAGAGUUCGACUUUCCUUCUCUGAUCCUUGAUGACCCCGGCUUCAGCUAUUUCCGAUCCUUAGAAUUUUUCCUCGCGCAUGACGCGUUCUGUGGCCAGCCGCUUACGGAGGUUACCUUACCGAGGGUGGCCAAAUCCCUGGACGUGAAGAAGGCCCAGCUCAGGCAGCGCCUCAAGGUCAAGCAGCUUCAACAGGGGCUCAAGUCAAUAUCUAAAACGGACGAGACAUUUCUCCGGCAGGAGUUGAAGAUGUUUGCCCAGGCUGAGGAUGCACAUGUCGCUCCAGCUGUAGAGCUUCAUAUGUUCCCUUCGGAUAUGCAAAAUCUCAAGGCUCCGUGGAGAGUGUUGCUCAUACCUCGAGCCAAGGAAGUUUUUGGGCAAAGGCUUUUCUUGUGCCAGCAAGCAACGCAACAGGAACCAUGCAUUGCAGAGCUGCAGUUUGAGCCGUUGCCUUUCCGACUGCAGACAUGGUUUGGCUACUGGGAUUCUUAUCUGGAUACCCAUAGAUCUACACCAAACUCAGUUCUUCUGCUGGCCGAAAUAGGCUUGGUGACAGGCGUCGCGGCUUUUGCCACAAGCGUGGUGGUCAUCACCGUGAUCUGGUGGGGCCUGGGCCACUCAAAGGACAAGUCUGAUUUGGCAGCGGAGUUUUUGCAGGCAGAAUAUCCCAAGCAGUACCGCUUGAUCCAGCAUGCUUGUCCAACUCCCGAUGCUGAUUGUAAGGGUGGACAGCAACCCCUAGAGGCAGGUACGGAAGUGGAGGUUCUCGAGGUGAAAAUUGACCAGCGAUGCUCUGGACUCAGCGCCGUCGCCUGCGGAGACUGGGAGGAGCUUCUCCGCAGGCUACGCGGGCGGUCGGGAACUGCGGUUUGGGGCCGCAUAGAGUCGUGCGAUCAGCAGAGUUGGCUGAUGCUGUGUGAUAUAGAUGCUGGGCUGGUGAAGGUCAUUGAGAGCCAGGUGCAACUCGACGCAAAAUAUCGGGCACUGCCCAUCCUGGUCCCGUCAUAUUCCACGUUCAUCGGCGAGACCUUAGUUUUGCUAACGUCUUUCUUAUCUUCUGUCUGGUGUGUGGUGGAGACAGUUGGCAGAGUUUCGGCUCUUGUGCUGGUGUUGCAGCUUUACUUGAUACACAGCUUCGUCCUGAAGCAGCGCAGAGACAUGGUUUCGCUGGGGUUGGAGUACGAGAAUUUGCUGCAGACGCGUGGAAUGUUGCUCCAGCUUCCAGAGAGGUACACAGAAUCGCGCAUAGUCUAUUGUCUAAUGUCUUCAGCGGUGGUGCAAGUUGCCCUGUAUGUGUUCGGACAGUGGCGUGCAGCACUGAACUUCAUCGUCAGCUUCCUUGUGUUUGUUGCGCUGCAUGUUCAAGCUGUCCGGACAGUCAUUUCGGGACUUGGUUGCUGGAGAACCCCCCAGAUGGAAGUGAGUGAGUUUCAUGCUUUCCGAACUCAGCAGCUGGAAAGAACUUUGGAGAGACCAGCGAAGCUCUCUGUCGACACAGCGAGGAGGUGGCUAGCAUUUCAGUGCGUCACAGUGCUCUUCCUGUUUGUGGGCAUGAUGGUCCCAGCCUGA